AUGAAGUUCAUCGCGUUCAUGGCUGGUUCCUCACUUUUUAAGUCUUUGUGGGUUUUAGCUUUUUCCACUCUGUCCCACACGAUGGCUUUGAAUAACAGUGGGAAAUGGUGGGGAAUAGUAAAUUCCGCUUCUUCUGGGAAUAUCAUCCCUGGAUCAGAUGUAGGACCAAUUCCAUUGGUGCUGGAUCCAAGUCUGCAACUCUUGAGUCGUAGGCAAAGACGCCUCAUCCGUCAGAAUCCUGGAAUCCUCCAAAGCAUAACACGAGGCCUGCUUAGUGCUAUGCGAGAGUGCAAGUGGCAGUUCCGUAAUAGGCGCUGGAACUGCCCAACUGGCCAUGGAAACCAAGUGUUUGGGAAAAUUAUCAACAGAGGCUGCAGGGAGACAGCCUUUGUAUUUGCCAUAACGAGUGCUGGGGUGACUCAUUCUGUGGCCCGUUCCUGCUCAGAAGGUUCUAUUGAGUCAUGCUCAUGUGAUUACCGCAGGAGAGGCCCUGGGGGACCAGACUGGCACUGGGGUGGUUGCAGUGACAACAUUGAGUUUGGUCGGUUCAUUGGUAAAGAGUUUGUGGACUCCAGUGAAAGAGGAAGAGAUCUGAAAUAUUUGGUGAACCUGCACAACAACCAGGCUGGACGAAUGACAGUGCUGACUGAAAUGCAUCAGGAAUGUAAGUGUCAUGGAAUGUCCGGCUCCUGUUCCCUCAGGACCUGCUGGAUGCGACUCCCACCUCUUCGUUCAGUGGGAGACACUCUGAAGGAUCGAUUUGAUGGAGCCUCUAGAGUAACUUAUAGUAACAAUGGCAGCAACAGAGGGGGUUCUCGCAGUGAUGUUCCGCACUUGCAACCUGAGAACCCCAGCCAUGCCAUGCCAUCCUCUAGAGAUCUUGUCUAUUUUGAGAAGUCCCCCAACUUCUGCAGCCCCAGUGAGAAAACUGGAACUCCAGGGACUACAGGGCGAAUAUGUAACAAUACCUCAUUAGGACUGGAUGGCUGUGAGCUCCUGUGUUGUGGUCGUGGCUAUCGAAGCCGUGCUGAGUUGGUCACAGAAAGAUGUCACUGCACAUUCCAUUGGUGCUGCCAUGUCACCUGUUUGAACUGCACCAGCAUGCAAAUGGUUCAUGAGUGUUUGUGA